AUGCUCUCAAGUCCAGCUAAAUGUCUUUCUUCUUUCUUUCUUUCUUUCACUAUUCAAACCUCUUGCUUUCAGAAGGACGAUUUGUGUCAAGUGGUACAGGGUACUCCGAAAUUCCAAGCGCCUGAGCUAGUGUCCGGGAAUACCGAGUGUUAUAGCGGAUUUGCGUCGGAUUUAUGGUCGUGUGGUGUUACGCUGUACAAUAUGAUCUCAGGAUUGUACCCUUUCGAAGGAGCGGUGAUUAUGCGUCUUUUCGACAACAUUGCCCAUGGCGAGUUAGUAAUGCCGACGAAUGUGGAGCUCAACAAAGAUUUAGUAGUGUUGUUGAAAGGACUGUUAACCAAAGACGCCAAGAAACGUUACACGAUCGAAUGUGUGAAGCACAAUGCAUGGCACGCUCGGCCUCGUUCAAAGGUACCUUCAUGCAAUGAGAGUUCUAAACGCGGUUCCGUCCAACGCCCACUCACUGUUUACCCAGCACUGGAGGAACGAUUUGGACGGAUACCUUCAGAUCGGAUUAUGACAGAGGGUGAACUAGACGGUGAGUGA